ACCGGCGCUCCUGGAAACGGCUCCUUCUUACUUAAGGGCUCUGUGAAGUCAUGGCCUGUGAAGGGGGCCGGCGGGGAGCUAGGAUGGCAGACGCCCUCCGAGCGCGGUCCAGCAUUCCAGGCCUCCUGCUGCAGACGGCCAAGAUCUCCGUGUUGCUUUUCCAGAAUCGGAUUCAUCUCUACAAUUUUCUGCUGCUGAAGAUUUUCCUCUUCAACCACUGGGUGUCAGGAUUAGCCCAAGAAGCGGAGGGUGCUGGGUGCCUGGUCCCCGCCCCCAGCCCAAGCUGCCUUUUCUGUCCCCUGGGCUCCCUGAUGAGGAGCCUGGCGCCUGGGCAGUGCCCUGCUGUUCCUGGCUCUGCGGGUGCCGGGCAUGGCCCUCUCGCGCCUGCUCAACUCCCCCCUCGCCAUUUGCCGCCUCUGCCAGCCUCCCUGGGCCAGCUGGGCUUCUUCUGGAGCCUCUGGAAGAACCUGCUCCAUUACUGGUUUCAGAGCCUGCUGCUUGGGGUCCUCGUGGUCCUCUUGAUCACUUGGAGGCUGUGCCAGACAGCCCAUCGCUUCAGCAUCAAGCAGCUGAGGCGGCUGGUGAGUGGGCAGAGGGCUGGGCAGCAGCCGGGAGUGACCGUGAGGGGAGGAACCCGGGGGUCAGCCACGGUGGACGUACGUGGCCGGCGGGCAUCAGUCAUGGGCUGGCCCAGGUGCUGCUGGAUAAUCGCUUUUUCCCUGGAGUUCUUGGGCCUGCUGCGGCAGCUGUACUGGCACGUGGAGAGCACGGCCGCCCUCACCUCCUGGCACCUGGCCUACGUGGUGACCUGGGCCACCUGCCUGGCCUCCCACAUGCUCGAGGCUGCCUUUGAACACACAGCCCGACUGGCGCAGGCCCAAGAAGGGGAGACCGACAUGGUGUGGGAAGACAGUGCCAUGGAGGUGAUGCUUCCUGAGGAGCCCAAAGUCUUGGAUGAAUAAACUGCAUUCAGACCUGU